CGCCGGCAUCGAGCGAAGUUUUCGGCGUUUAGCCAUUCCUUAUAAAGGCCUAGUUUGACUUAGGGCUAGUUUGGCGCCGCAUGUCAUACGUUUUGUUUAUGGGAAACGACAGCGUUUUCUAAUGACCCGCUGUAAAAGAAAUAUACAACGACAACGGUGCAAAAAAUUUGAGACUACUAAACGGCGACUCGUUAAAUGCAAAAUAUAAUGUGUAUAGUAAUAUUGUAUAAGCCUGUCGAUUUGGAAUUCGAGACCCUUCGAUGCGUGUGGGUAAAUUGAGCCGGUGAGCAAGAUGAUACGAGCGGUGAUGGUGAUGAAUACGCAGGGCAAGCCCCGCCUUGCCAAAUUUUACGAUUCCGUGCCUGUCGACAAGCAGCAGGAGCUUAUCCGCAGCGUUUUUGGAGUCUUAUGCAGUAGAGCUGAGAACGUAAGCAAUUUUGUGGAGGCCGACUCUAUUUUCGGUCCGGAUAGUCGCCUUGUAUACAAGCACUAUGCAACACUAUACUUUGUUUUAGUAUUUGAUAGUUCUGAAAAUGAGCUUGCCAUGCUCGACUUGAUACAAGUUCUUGUGGAAACGUUGGACAAAUGCUUUAAAAAUGUAUGCGAGCUUGACUUGGUGUUCAACUAUAGCAAGAUUCAUACUAUUCUGGAUGAGAUAUUUUUUGGAGGCCAAGUGCUGGAAACAAGUUCUACAGAAGUCAUGAAAGCUGUUGAAGAAAUAUCAAAGUUGGAAAGUGCCUCCAAUUCUAUCAACCUUGUCCCCAAGUCUGUUUCUGGUUGGCGGGGUCGAUAGCUUGUGGUUUUCAGAUGAGUUGUUGAAAUGAUCACGAUAUUGAACUGUUACAUUAUCACUGUAAAUCAUCCGGCGGAAGAUGUUUCAGCUAUGAGCUCAUAAAGAUACCCCGUGAGUGGACGAUCCCAUUUAAUCCAUAUUGUUUUUAGGAUUUGGCAUAUAACAAAUUAUAAAACAUCAUAUUGGCUUCUUGAAA